AACUGUUGGUAUCGAUUAAUAAUAAAAUGCAUAUUUAUUAUUUACAGAAAUGACUACAGAAAGUACUAAGAAAAAAAGCAAUAAUUAUUGUUCCGUAUUUGGAUGCUGCUCUUUCUAUUCAACUAAUGAAGAUAUUAGUUUUCAUUGUUUACCGAAAAUCAACGACCCAAAAGUGUUGUUAAAAAACAAAUGGGGACAAGAAGAACUAGUUGACCGCCGCAGAAUGUGGGCUAUUUUAUUACGAUUUUCGAAAGAAGCAUUAUUGAAAAAACAUAUUUCAGUUUGUUCAAAACAUUUUACCUCAGAGGACUUCUUACCUCCAGGACAAAAUAACAAACGUAAACGUCUUAAACCCAUAGCAAUUCCAUCGCAAAAUUUGCCCAAGUCAACUGUAUUGCUUCAUUCACCCAAAAAAAGAUCAUAUCCUAAAAACAAAUGUACAUCUAGAAACCAACUAAAAUCAGAGGAAUCAGAUUGUGAAGUGAGUAAAUUUUUAUCAUUGAUACUGCUUUUCAUUUGAAUAAUGACA